AUUUUAUAUCUACUAAACCGAAAAUCGGUUGUCUGGAUCAAGGAGCAGGAUCUUACAACGUCACCUUGAAGUAUAGUCCAGAAAGAAGGAUCCUUUGUGAGUCUCGCUCACAAAAGUAGUUUGCUAAUACAUCCUCCAAUUCCAAGAUUCUAUCCCAUAUUCCCCCCUUCUCCGAAACCCUUACCCAGAGAUCUGCAACCAUGAGGGCCCUUAUUUCAAGCACCAAACGCCUCAUUUCUUCCGCUAUCAUGGCCUCCUUAUCGCCUUCCGUCCACCGGAAAUACAGCCUAAUACCUAUGGUGAUCGAGCACUCUUCGCGUGGCGAGAGAGCUUACGACAUAUUCUCUCGUCUCCUCAAGGAAAGGAUCGUCUGCAUAAAUGGAUCCAUCAACGACGACACUGCCCAUGUUGUCGUUGCCCAGCUCCUCUUCCUCGAAUCCGAAAACCCUUCCAAGCCCAUCCAUAUGUACCUUAACUCUCCCGGCGGCCAAGUCACUGCAGGCCUUGCAAUUUAUGAUACCAUGCAAUACAUAAAGUCUCCAAUCAACACAAUCUGUAUGGGGCAAGCUGCAUCUAUGGCUUCUCUCCUUUUAGCUGCAGGUGCCAAGGGUGAAAGGCGGUCCCUCCCCAAUGCCACCAUCAUGAUUCAUCAGCCUUCUGGUGGAUACAGUGGACAGGCUAAAGACUUGACCAUUCACACUAAGCAGAUCGUUCGUGUUUGGGAUGCAUUGAACGCUUUGUAUUCCAAGCACACGGGGCAAUCAGUCGAUGUGAUUCAGAAGAAUAUGGAUAGGGAUUAUUUCAUGACCCCCGAAGAAGCUAAAGAGUUUGGGUUAAUUGAUGAAGUUAUUGAUCGAAGGCCAAUGGCUCUGGUCACCGAUGCUGUUGCUAAUGAAACCAAAGAUAACCAAGACGACAAAGACAGCAAAGACAAAGGUUCCAAUUAGGAUCGGAGCUGGUAAGCUCUUUCAUCUGAUUUCAUUGUCUUAACUGUUCUUUUCCUAGCAGUUUUUCGGCUGUUGAUUAAUGUUAUGCUUCUGGAAUUGAGAGAAUUUAGGGGGCUAAUCAGUUACUAUUGCAAUCAGUACUUUUACAAGAUCAGAUGAGAUGCAUAUAUAAAGUUUUGCUUGCAAAGGUUUUUGUUUGAGAAUCAUGUGCACUUAAGUGGAAAUGUAUAUUCAUUAGAUGGAUGGGCUUGAUAUGCUUUUUGUCAUGAAAAGGGGUUAUCUUGGGUGAAAAAAUAAGAAUUCUUUCCACAGGAUUAAAACAUUUGUUGGUCUCGAUUCUGAAAAUAAAUUCAAUCAUAAAUGCUAACAAGAUUCUCGUUGUUGUA